CCGCGCCAGCCCCGCGGAGCCCGCCGGCGAGACCCCGGUGGCUCAGGCGACCGCGGGAGCGGCGCCUGCGGGGCCCGGAGGCCUGGAGGACGCUUGCAAUGCUCCCGAAAGCCAAGAGCGUGAAGCUGCGGGCCCUGCGCAGCCCGAGGAAGUUCGGCGUGGCGGGCAGGAGCUGCCAGGAGGUGCUGCGCAAGGGAUGCCUGCGCUUCCAGCUCCCGGUGCGCAGCUGGCUGUGCCUGUACGAGGACGGCACGGAGCUGACCGAAGACUACUUCCCCAGCAUCCCGGACAAUGCCGAGCUCGUGCUGCUCACUCGGGCCAGACCUGGCAGGGCUGUGGCAGACGUGAGUGACAUCGGUCACUUCCUCAGUGUGUUUCACCAGCCGCACGCGGAGGUCAUCCAGGCUGCCCGGCAGCUGCUGUCGGACGAGCAGGCCCCGCUGCGGCAGAAGCUGCUGGCCGACCUGCUGCACAACGUCAGCCAGAACAUCGCGGCCGAGACCCGGGCGGAGGACCCGCCGUGGUUUGAAGGCUUGGAGUCCCGAUUUAGGAACAAGUCUAGCUACCUGAGAUACAGCUGUGAGAGCCGGAUCCGGGGUUACCUGAGAGAGGUGAACUCCUGCGCCUCCAUGGUGGGCGCGGAGGCUCGAGAGCAGUACGUGCGGGUCCUGGGCUCCAUGUGUGAGAAGCUCAAGUCCGUGCAGUACAACGGCAGCUACUUCGACAGAGGAGCUAAGGCCAGCGGCCGUCUUUGUACACCGGAAGGCUGGUUCUCCUGCCAGGGCCCCUUCGACAUGGACAGCUGCUUGUCGAGACACUCCAUCAACCCCUACAGCAACAGGGAGAGCAGGGUCCUCUUCAGCACCUGGAACCUGGACCACAUGUGGAGCUGGGCCUCGCCUGCCUUCCCCAAAGCGCAGGGCCCGGGCACAGAGCACCUUGUGUGCUGGAACCAGGAUGCGCCGCGACAGCGGGUGCUCUUGGUGUGCAGGGCUCUUCUUGCUGAGCUGGGCCCAGCACCGGCCGCGGCCAGCGGGGUGGUUUUAGUAGCUACACGAGCUCUAGGGCACUAAAGGAAAGGGCGGGAUGGAAAACGCCAUUGUUUUAAGCUGGGAUACUUCCCUUAACCAUACUCGUGUCCGCACCCUUGCUUCAUAAAGACAGAGAUCUUCAAAUGCCCUUAAAAUGGCUACACAGGUUGCGCAUCCCUCAUCCGAAAUCUGAAAUGCUCCAAGGUCUGAAACUUUCUGAACUUCGACGCGAUGCUCAAAGGAAGUGCUGGUCGGAGCAUCUCUGUUUUUCAGAUUUGGGAUGAUGAGUCAGUGAGUGUAAUGCAAAUGUUCCCAAGUCCAAAAGAGUUCCAGACCCAAAACACGCCUAGUCCCAAGCAUUUCGGAUAAGGGACGCACAGCCUGUGUCACUUUUUGGAAUCAGAUUUUUGUAAAAGUGUAAGAGUGAAUCAAGCCUUCUGUGCCAGCCCCUUUCCUCGCCCCUGGGGAAGCACCGUUCUGGAAUCUGCACGCCCUUCUGAUGCCUGUCAUCACACCCUCGCCACGUGCCUGAGCCUCACACGCGUACACAUGGCAUCCUGCUCUGUCGCGUCAUACCGUGCUUGUGGGGACGCGUUUGUAGAGUUGGUAUAUUUGUUUGAACAGGCGCAGAACACUUUAUUUUUGAAUAGACUCUAAUUUUAACUUUUGUUUCCAUACUGGUGGGCAUUUACAUUACUUCUGAUUUUUCGCUUUUGUAAAAAACCCUGGGAUGAGCACUCAAUACAGAAUGAACCCGUAUGGUCUGGUUCCACGUUAUUUAAAGUGUGGUCACUUUCAAAGCCUCAGCGGCAUCUGAGAGCGGAGUAGGAAUGCAGAAUCUCAGGCCCCGUCCAGACAUUUCUCGGGUGCCGGGGAUUUGGAUUUGGGUGUGUGCAGUCCAGUGUGGGAAAGGCUGCCCUGAGUGACCUGUGACAGCCACCUCCCCUCUCUGAGUGCUGAGAGCUUGUGCGAGUCCACGGUGCUCCACGUUCUUGACACCACUUGGUGCCAUUGUACUUAUGGCAUUUAUCCUGUCUGAUAGGUGAGAAACGGAUUCUCUUGCUUUAAUUUUUAUUUUCCUGAUUACUGGGAAAUUUGGUUAUCUCUUUACAUGUUUAUUGGCCACUUGUGUUGUCUUCUUGUGUUGCCAUUAAGGAAUAUCUGGGGCUGGGUAAUUUGUAAAGAAAAGAGGUAUGUUUGGCUCACAGUUCUGCAGGCUGCACAAGAAGUGGCACCAAGCGUCUGCCUCUGGGGAGGGCCCAGGCUGCUCCCCGUUAGGUGGAAGGUGAGGGGGGCGGGUGUGUGUGUGGAGCAUGGUAAGAGCAGAAGCAGGAGAGAGGGGGGUGCCAGGCUCUUUUCAACCACCAGUUCUCGCGGGAUCUAAGUGGGACGCACUCACUUUGGGGAAAUGGCACCGCCAUUCAUGGGGGACCCAAACACCUCCCACUAGGCCCCACCUCCAACACUGGGGACCCAAUUUCCAUAGGAGACUGGGGGGAGGGCAAACGAGCCAUAUCCAAACACAGUGGGUGUCUUCUAUGUUGCUUUCCUUUGCUCAUUUUUUAUUGGGUUUUUGUUCUUAUUUAUUUGUAGGCUUACUUUACAUAUUCUGGGUACUAAUUCCUUGGUGACUAUUUAUAUUAGAGGUAUCUUAUACGAUUUUGGCUUGUCUUUAAUUCUGUGAUGCGUUUUAUCAUGACGAGUUUUAAAUUUCAGUGUACUCACAUGUACCUUUUCAUUUUUGUGUGUUAAGAAGUCCUUCCCCACCCUGUUCAGCAUGAAGAUGUUCUGUUUCGUGCUUUGCUGGUGUCUUUAUAAAAAGGGGAAGAGAGUAACUCUCUCCUCCCGUCAUGUGAGGAUACAGCAGGCAGAUGGCCAGGAAGAGCCCACACCAGGGCCCGGCUGGCACCUUGGUCUCAGACGUCCAGCCUCCAGAACUGUGAAGAAAUAAAUGUCUGUGGUUUAA